AUGGUCCUCUGGCCUUGUAUAGUGUGCCGGAUGAUGUAUUUUUCUUGUCGGAGCUGGGAUUACAUAGAAUUAGAUAGAUAUACACCGAAUCGCAUUCAAGAACAUUUCUGCAAGGAUGACGGUCCAAUCGUUCGCAAUGAUUGCAAGCAUCUACUGGUGAACAGUACUGUAGGACUGCUCAUGCUUCAAAAGAGUCAUAACAAGCACCAGCUAACAAUACAUUUCUCUCUACAAAUACGGCGAGUUUAUAACACAUUCUUGCUUUACACAGGCGGAAUGACCUAG